AUGGAAGACAAAGAAACGAUCAACGAUUACAUUACGCGUAUUACCCGGUUAGUUAAUCAAAUCAAAUCUUGUGGGGAAACGAUUCUUAAGCAGAAUGUUGUAUCGAAAGUAUUGCGUUCGUUAACGCCGCGUUUCGAUAACAUAGUUAUGGCUAUUGAAGAAUCAAAGGAUCUAACAACUUUGAGCAAGGAUGAAUUACAAAGUUCGUUAGAGGUACAUGAACAAAGGAUGGAUGAGAGAGGCACCGACAAAGCCAAAGCGGAGAUUGCUUUGCAAGCGCGUUUCAAUGAAAAGAAUAAGAGGUCGAAAGGAAAAUUUGCGGCGAGAGGUAAAUCAAAUUUUCAGAAUUUUGGUUCAAAUGAUUCGCAAAAUUCAAAGCAUUCGACGAGUGAAAAGGGUGAAAGUAACUCCAAGGAUAGUGGUCAUAGAAAUGGUUUCAAGAAGCGUGAUGUGAGUAAGGUGCAAUGCUACAAGUGUAUAAAGUUUGGACACUUUGCAAAUUCGUGUCGUGGUAAAUCGAAUGAGAAUCACAAUAAUGAAGCCAAGGUUGCUAGGGAAGAGGUAGAUGAUGAGGACACACUUCUAGUAAUGAUCACGGAGGAGAGUUAUGGAAUUACGGAUGUUCUGGGAAGCAGCUACAGUAGUGACAGUUUGCGGGACAACAACUGUACCGUUCUGGAAAAUAGCGAGAAAAUGAAUUCGGAUCGAAAUGCAUUGGUUAUCGUUCGUGAUGGAGUCCAAGGGAGAAAUGAGUGGUACUUGGAUUCCGGUUGUUCAACACAUAUGACGGGUCGAAAAGAUUGGUUUGUGCAAAUCAAUCAAGCGGCAAAAAGUAAAGUCAAAUUUGCCGACGACACCACUUUAAGCGCCGAAGGGGUAGGAGAUAUUUUGAUCGGAAAAAGGAAUGGUGGAUAUUCAAGGAUCAAAGAUGUCUUGUAUAUACCGAGAAUUAAGUGUAAUCUUUUAAGCAUUGGCCAAUUACUUGAAAGAGGAUACAAAAUUCGGUUGGAGGAUAAUAUUUUACGCGUUUUGGAUUCAAAUGGUGUGUUGAUUCUAAAAGCACCAAUGGCUGCCAAUAGAACCUUUAAGGUUGAGUUAAAGGUUAUGGAGCAUCGUUGUCUAGCUAUCUUGGCAAGUAGAGAUGAGUGGUUAUGA